UUUGUUCGGUGCGGCCAGUGCACUACGACGAAUGAUCAGGGCACCAGGCGCGCGCCGCGCCCGACGACCGCGCCCCCCACACCCGAAGAAAAAUACGCGGCAGUCUAGCCAACGCAACUGGUCGCUGCCGUUAUCCAUAGACGUUAUCAAAAUUAACCACGUAGAUAGAUUAGAUAACGUUAUUAUGUUUAAUGUUAUGGUUAUUUUGAAAUUAGUAGUCUCAAAAGAAUUUGCCACUUUUAUAAUUGUCGUCACGACUAUGCCCGUCCUCUAGUCGCCAUCGGUUUUCUGGUUUUCUAACAUCGUUGUUCGCCGUCCUUCUGCCCGUGCACGACGGAUCUCAGGAACGAUGGCCGAGGACGGGCCGUCCGGUCCGAGCUACGGAGAUAUAGCCAAAAAACUGUUGGACGACCGUCUGUUGCUCACUGCCCUGGAACUCCAUUACGAACUCGUCGAAGCCGGAAAGGAGCUACCUGGUCUCAGAGAGUUUUUCUCCAACCCCAGCAACUUUGAACACUCGUCCCCGCAAAAUGACAACAUCAGCAUUACGCUGAGUAUGGCUCGUUCGUCGAGUCAAGCUACAUUGGACUCCUUGGAGAUGACCAGGUACUCUGAAGAUGGUGAUAAAACGGUCAAUGAACGAGUAGCUAUCCUUGAGUUUGAACUACGCAAAGCCAAAGACACAAUUAACGCCCUUAGAACGAAUUUGACAGUGGCAGCUGUAGAAUCUGAAGAAUUUGCCGGGGAAGAUCCUAAAAUUACCCAAUAUGAUGAUAGAAUUAAACCACAUGAACAGAGAGUUCUCAAUUUUUUAGUAAAUGAAUACUUAAUGCAACAUAAUUAUAAGUUAACAUCGAUUACAUUUGCAGAUGAAAAUGAAAAUCAAGAUUUUGAAAUCUGGGAUGAUGUUGGUCUGAAUAUUUCAAGACCACCUCAUUUAUUAUCAUUGUAUAGAGAUCGAGCUAAAAGUUACUUGAAAUCAGAUGUAUCUUGUCAGAGUGAAAAAUACAAUUGCACAAAUACUGCUACCCAGAUGGAUGGAGACUACAGUGACUUAACAAAAAUAAUCUCUGAUCUAGAAAAUGAAAAUGAAAAUCUUCUUUCUCAAUUACAAUUGCUCAAAUCAACUAAAGAUUUAUCUGAUGUAACCCCUAAAAUGUCUAAAGAAAAGUGGUUAAGGCCAGACAAAAGAAAUAAACAAAAAGUUUUAAAAAAUAGUGAAUCCUCAGUUUUUUGUGAUAUGUUAAUUAAUAAAUGUUGGCCUGAUCAACAAUUGCCAUUGAUGCAUUUGGAUGUUGAUUUGGAUAUUUUAUCUGAUGAUGGUGUUGAAUUGAAUUUAUAUCCAAUACUACGAAUUCUUGAAAAUCAAAGGUUACGUAAUCAAAAUGAUGAAAAUAUUUUAGAGGCUGAAAAACAAGAAGAUUUUAUUAUUUUAAGUGUUCUCUUAAUGCACAUUCAUCCAGAUAUAUUAGAAAGAGAAAAAAUCUUACAUUCUCUUUUUAAUAUGAGAAAAAAACCUAAUAAAAAAGAGAGAAGUUCAAUUAUAGGAGGUUUAUCUUGGUUCCUAAAAUACUCAAAUAGUGAAUUUUUUGAAAAAGAAUUAUUGCCUCAAUUAUGGCAUUUAUUAAUAGACAAAUAUGCCGAGAAAAGAUUAUUGGUUGCAGAGGCUUGUUCAUGGUUUAGCCCUUUAAUCAACUGUGAAUCUAGGCAAUCUUUACUCUCUGUAUUGCAACAAAUGUUGAUUGAAGACACCGAUGAAUCUGUACGUGCAGCUACUAUUAAAAGUAUUGCAAUCAAUACUGUUUAUAUUUUUGAUUCUGACAAAUAUGCUCAAAUCGAAGAACUUCUUUUUGUUGGCCUAAAAGAUAAUUUAAAGUACAUAGUUGAAAUUACAAUUGGAGUCUUGUUGCCAGUUUUAGCUAAAUGGGCUUUUGACAAAGGCCGUUUACAAUCCAACUGCUACUUGCGAUUAAUGAACUCUUUGACAACUCAAAUUAAGACUCUUGAUUCUCAAAAAAAAUCACAAAAAACUGACCACUUAGAAUCUAACUGCUGCUAUAUGGUUAAUGCUAUCCGUUCCAUACUUCCGUACUUAGUGCUAUUUGUAGCAUCUGCCCCCGAAUGUAUAUCAUUGCAAAAUGAAGAUACACCAAGAGGAGAACUGAGGACAGGUUUUGCUGAUAUAUGUGUAGGUUUGUGUAAUCCACAAAUAUUCUACAAUGAUCCAAAUAAUACAAUUGGUACAGUAAUGUGUACUUUUGAUGCUGUUGUUGAGGAAAAUAAAAUAACAUGGCCUAGACUACAGUGGCUUUUUGAAUGCAUGUUGCCCUGCUUGAUAGAAUCUUCAUCUUUGGUAUCAAUUGAAAAUCAAAAACUUUUGCAGUCACUCAUAGCAUUAUUUCAAUCGUUUUGUUGUGGAUUUGGCUCCAAGUUCACACAGAACAAAGUAAAACCAUUGUUUAUAAAAAAGAUACAAGAUCUUGAAAAAUCUUUAGGUAAAAUUGGUAACGCCUUACCAUCAAUGAGUCUUAUAUGUAUAUACAUGUGUUCAGUUUUAGCUCCAAUUGAGCGUGAAGAACAUGAGUUGGAGGCAACUUUAAAAAAAUAUGUGUGCACAUUACCAUUGUGCGGUGUUCCCAUCGAUGUAUUGCACUUUACAGUUAGUCAACUAGCACUUAACCAUCAACGUUUACAUGAAUUAAUAUUAUCAUCUCUCUGGGAAGGUGUAAUUAGUCAAAAAGAAACAGUUCGUUUUGCUGUGACUGAACUAUUAUCGUCUGUCAUGCCAUACUUGUCCGAUAUAAAUAUAACUAAUCGAAUUGUGCCAGCUCUCAUUACACUUUCAAAUGAUUCUAAUUGUGAUGUAAAAAUAGCCUUAGUUCCAGUUAUUGGACGACUGAUGAUGUCAACAAAUAAUAAGGAUACUAUUGAAAAAUGUCGUUUUCAAAUGAAAAGUCUUAUGGAUGAUCGGACAUUAAGUGAUAGCAUAGUAUUUGCUACUGAACUCAUAACAGCUUUUGGAAAAUUGGCCCCCAAAUCAGAUCAAGUUUACAGAGAAGAUGUGAUGAUGGUGCAGUUAAAUAUGUACUCUGGUGUAGCUGUAAGAACAUCAGAUAUUACGAAAAAAAUAGAAUUGACUCGUGUAUUGUUGGAUGCGUUCAGUACAGUUCUUUAUGAAUGUACUUUAUCUCCAAGUGCAAUCACGUCAUCUCUUUUGCCUAGUUUAAGGUGUUUAGAAGAACUCUGUAACGUUAAUAAUUUGUCUCAAAAAGAAUUAUCUACUAUGUUGAUUAAAGAAGCUGAGUCAAGGUUACCAUCACAAUCUGAAAUUGGUAGCAGUGUAACCCAAGACUUGAAACCUAAAAUGGUCAAAAUGUUUCAAUCAUCAAAUAUUGCCAAACAAACAAUGUUUUGGAAGAAAAAUAAUCAAUCUCAAUAAGUAUUAUGUUAUAAUACUAUGAAGACUUAAAUGCUUGAUUGUUAUUUGAAGAAUUAGUGUAUUAAUCUCAAGUUAUAAAUAUCAAAAUAAUUAAAAUCAAGUAGUUCAAACUUUAUCUAUAAAUUAUAUAUGUUAUGUUGUAUUAUGAUAAAAAAAAAACAAAUGCAAUAAUUGUGAUAUUUUAAGACAUUUAUUUUAUUUUUAAUAAUUAUGCUAUUAUAUUAUUGUUAAAUUAUUGUUAUUUAUAUAGGUAUAUAUAUUUUUUAUAAGUAUUGACAUAUUUUUAAUAAAUAUUAAAUGCAAUUCAA